CGGUAUAAGACGCAGGUAUCGCCAUGUCUCCCAGGGCGCUUGCCCAUCCUCCUUUCACCAGCCAUCCUGCACAUCUGUCGGCGGUAGCAUCUCAAGCUUGCUAUGCAAUUCAAACAAACAUGGCUAUUCCCUUUCCAUGUUCCUCAACGAAGGAUCUGGACGCGUGGAUGGACGAGAUCAUCUCUUUAAACAGCGAGCACAAGCUGCAAGAUACCAUGGAGAUCAUGGAGAGAGAAUACCAGUUCCGCGCUACAGAGAAAAUGUACAAGACCAAGCUUGCACAAUGGCGCAAACAGGGGAAACUACCACCCAAGCGUGUCAGUGGACGCAGCCAAAAGGCCAUGCUCCGGAUUGAAAAGGAACAUUUGGACGCGACAGGUAGAGGGACUUCUUUUAGAUAUCGGGGGCAUCCUAUACCCCCAGAAAAGUACCGGCGAUACGAGAAAAGACAUGCUCUAUCACAAAACGAGUCGAGGUCGCGGUCCGCUUCCCGUACACCUUCUUACAUCAGCUACAACUCACACUCGAUUGCUGAGCAGAAUGCGACCACGGCUUCUGAGUCAAAUCCAAUGGAGCAAUAUCUUCUACCCGCUAAACAACCCUUGCACUACUUCGCCGACAGUUUCGCUCAACUGACAUCUAUUGAAAGUCUGACAGAAUACGAGGACGUAAAGAUUUUGACGGAAAAAGAUGCAAACAACCUGCCAAGCCCAUCUCAAGCGUUCGGAAUCAACUUCUCGCAUCGCAACUCCUUCGAUGUUCCCAGUUCCCCUUUCUCUGAUGUUACCUCACUAUCACCAACGUCAUCCUUCAUCAGUAUUACUGAAAGAGAGCUCUCACCGUUCGUGGACGAUGAGUCUACGCCAACACCAAAAGCGCUUUCUACCCCUAUCGACCUUGGUAGGCUGGAACGUCUUACCAUACACCACGAUAGGAGUGAUAACGGAGGAAAGGCUGUCCUUGCUGUACCGGGAGUCGACUCCGCCGACGAAAUCAAAAUUAUUGAUACCACAUCCGAGCGAACGUCUUCGCGAGCCGUGACGCUGUCAGUCAACUCAUUGCCACUAUUCCCCACCGAUCUCGACUCAUGCCACUGGCGAGCCCUUUCCUCAGCACUGCGACGAUUAGAAUUGUAUGAUGAAAACGUGCUGUUUAAAGCUCACGUCUCACGCAUAAUCAGUGUCAUGUGGAAUUUAUUCGGUGUCUACAUGCACGGAAGCUUCUUGGAACGAAAGCAGAAAAUGGCAUUGAUUCUGUUUGGGAACAUAUUUUCAUUUAUCGGGCGUGGAUUCUAUGAGCACGACCAUCUUGUUGUCCAAGUCUGUUAUGAAAGCGUCUGUAGAGCAUUUCGCUCGCUGGAUACCCUUCCCUGCGAUGACUUGCCCCCGGAGACGUCUCCCGAAAGCAUAACUCGGCAGGUUGAUGGAAUUUGGGCAGACGCUAGGAAGCUGUCCCAGCACUGUUGGUGGGACGAGCUGUUGAAACAGCCCACGUGAUGUAUAGGUAACCUGUGUAAAUUGAUUAAUUACACAUGGAGCUACCUGUGGGCUUCACUAGAGUGAUUUACCAGCCUUCUUACGGGAAUAGGAGUCCUAGAAUAUGUGACCUCUCCAGCUACCUAAUU